AUGGGGCGAAGUUAUAGCAGACUCUUCACUUUCGCCCACAACUUGAGUGAGAUCACCAACAAGGAGAAGUAUGCUGACCCACUGCCUUAUCUGAAUGAACGCACACAUUCAGACAAUACAAGCACUGCUAAUGGUAGUCCCCCAACCACCACCGAGUCCCCAAAUGGCUUAGGGACACCCGAAACAAGCACUCCGGUAGGAAACAACUUCUUGGGAAACAGUGAGAACAAAAAUGGUGGCCUUUCUGGGGGUGCCAUAAUCGGUAUUGCGGUCGCAGGCGGUGUGAUCGGUCUUCUGCUUGUCUUCGCACUUGUUUGGUUCUUACGUCAGAAGUACCUCCAGAAACAGGGAAGAGUUGGCAGUCCGGGCACUGAGGUGAAAGGAGGUCUCAUGGCUGAAAAAGACGGUGGUGUGGACGGCGAAGCGCACUCUCCAUACUCCGACGAAGCUGCACCGCAAGUGGCACCAGCACCGGUGCUCCCUCACCACCCCUCUCUGCCAUCCGAUACUCCUGUCCAGUCCUUCCCUCAGCAUUCCUGCAGCAGUCCAUACUCGAACCACAGCGUCCCUGUUGCCGUGCCAGCUGUCAUCCCCGUCUCUGCCCCCGGAACCCUCAGCGUGGGCACCGCCUCAUCGAUCAUUGCAGGGCCCACAGCCGAUGAGACCCGCUCAAGUGUGCCCAGCACGGCAACAACCGCGGCAUCGACUCCUGCACCGGCUCCUGCCACGACUGCCCCUGCCGGGAGGGCGUUGUCGACCCCGCUGGCGCAUCUGAUUGAAGAGGGUAUGACAGAGGAGGACAUCCGGCGGCUGGAGGAAGAGGAGAGGGAGUUGGAUCAGGCGAUUGAUGAAAGACUUGGUCCAAGAGCGAGGAGAGUAGAGUAG